UGGCACAAACAUUCUCGCAUUGUUCCGAUGCCACUUCCCGUGACGCGGCUGUCGGGGACGCGGGCACGGCGGCAUUAAGAUGCCUCCCGGCGUCUAAAUUUGUCCACUGGCCAAGGACGGCGGCACCGGACUCCCUCUGCCCCCCCCUCUCCGCGGUGUCACGACCGCUCGCUGCGUCCUGCGCCCGGAGAGGAGCGGAGACGCUCGCGGCUCCGCUGGGCUCCGCUGGGCUCCGAGCCGCGCGACUUUCCGCAGCUCCGCUCAGCCGCCUCGCGCCUCGCCCGGCUGCCGGGAGUUGGCGCGGUGUAAUUCGCGCGGCAAGGAUAGCCCCAGCGUCUCGGGGUGUUCCAUCAGCGGUAUCCGUUUAAUAACUGUAAAGUAAUAAUUAUAACAAUCAAAGUUCUUUUAAUGUAGAACUGCCUAUUUGCGUUGGGUUUAUUGACCUCCCCACCACCCGAACCUCCGACUAUCACUACGUACCGUGCGACAGAAGUUCAACCACAAACAUUAUAAUUAUAAUAACAAUCACCACCCAACCACCGCGCCGAGAGACGCCGGCAGGCGGCAUGGCGCGCAGGGACAGUCUGGUGAACUCCCUGGCGCGGGUGUUCGAGGUGAACGCCCAACUCGCGCGGCCGACGCCCGUGGGGAACGGCCCUCGCAAGGUCUUCUCCAUGAGCCGCCAGAACUCUGUGGAGAACAUCCACUCGGUGGACGUGAAGCUAGAGGGCCUCUGUCGCCGCGUGGACAAGCUCGUGAGCGGCCAGGACAGGGUGCUGCUCAAGCUGGAGGAGAUCGCCCGCGACCUGGGCGACCUCGAGCGGGAGGUGGAGGCGCUCAAGGUGGACAAGGAGGAAAUUAAAUUGCCCGCGCCCGACGUCGGCCAGGACGCCGCCAGGGAGACGAAGACGUUUCAAGAGCAGAUGAUCGGCGCGGUGGAGAAACUCGUCUCGAGCGCCGAGUCUCAGAGCAAGAAGAUAGAGGCCCUCGACAGAGCCAUGGUCGGCUUCCAGCAGAUCAUUGGCUUCUUGGGCGACACCUUCAAGAACUCAAAGGUGGUGGAGUUUAUCACGCAGGGUUUCCUUCCCGGCGGAGGGGACACGGAUGGGGGCGACGCUUCUAAUCGGACGAACCGCACUGGAGACAUCGGGAACGACGCGUACCGACCGGGUGACGGGAUCGACCUGCAGAGACGCGGCACCCUCGGCCCCGAUGGCUGCAGGAAACCCCCAGAGAGGUUUCCCCUCGGCAGGCAAGCCCCGGAGAGACGCAGCGAGGCCGCUCACCUGGCCACCGGGGGCCACAUCGCGGGGCCGAGACGCGACGCCGGACCACCGACUGCCAUGGUCUCAACAGCCGGCACCGGUGGCAUUAACGGUGGUAGUGCUGCCAGUAGCAUCAGCAAAGUUCCCAGUAGCGCUACCAGUAGCACCAACAGCACCAACAAAGUUCCCGGUAGCACUGCCAGUAGCACCAGCAAAGUUCACAAUAGCGCUGCCAGUAGCACCAGCAGCACCAGCAGCACCAGCAAAGUUCCCAGUAACGCUGCCAGUAGCACCAGCAACGUUCCCAAUAGCGCUGCCAGUAGCACCAGCAGCACCAGCAGCACCAGCAAAGUUCCCAGUAACGCUGCCAUUACUACUAACAGCAUCAGCAGCACCAGCAAAGUUCCUAAUAUCGCUACCAGUAGCACCAGCAGCACCAGCAAGGUUCCCAAUAGUGCUGCCAUGACUACUAACAGCAUCAGCAGCACCAGCAACGUUCCUAAUAGUGCUGCCAGUAGUGCCAGCAGCACUAGCAAGGUUGUCAGUAGUGCUGCCAGUAGUGCUAGAAGCACCAGCAAUAUUCUCAGUAAUGCUGCCAGUACUACUGCCAGCAUCAGCAAAGUUCCCAAUAACGCUGCCAGUAGCACCAGCAAAGUUCCCAGUAAGACUGCCACCAGUAGCACCAACGGCACCAGCAAAGUUCCCAAUAGCACUGCCAUUAGCGCCAGUAGCACCAGAAAAGUGCGCAAUAGCGCUGCCAGUAGCACCAGCAGCACCAGCAAGGGUCUCACUAGUGCUGCCAUUACUACUACCAGCACCAGCAGCACCAGCAAAGUUCCCAGUAGCGCUUCCAGUAGCACCAGCAGCACCAGCAGCACCAGCAAGGGUCUCACUAGUGCUGCCAGUACUACUACCAGCACCAGCAGCACCAGCAAAGUUCCCAGUAGCGCUGCCAGUAGCACCAGCAGCACCAGCAGCACCAGCAGCACCAGCAAGGGUCUCACUAGUGCUGCCAGUACUACUACCAGCACCAGCAGCACAAGCAAAGCUCUUAGUAGCACUGCCAGCAACACCAGCAAAGUUAUCAGUAGUGCUGCCAAUAGUACUACCAGCAUCAGCAGUAGCAGCAGGGUCAGCAGCAGCAGGAUUGAGGAGGUGGUGUUGGCAGAAGGCAGCUUUAAUGGCUCCGAGGCAUCUUUGUGGAAGCCUGCUCCUGCACAAGGCAUGGGGAGGAAAACGACGGACAAGAGUGUUACCAUGGAGCAAGGGCAGGAUGAAGAGUCGACAGCAGGGGAGGAAGAGUCCGGGAGAAAAGGAGGCAGUGAUGAGGAGGAGAAGAAGGAGGAGGUGGGACAGAGAAGACAAGCAAACAGCGUGUCUGGUGAGGCAGUGUCGGAAGACAUGGGGAAGAGAGGCAGCCAUGGUGACGACGAUGGUGGUGGUGACGAUGGUGGUUGGGUAAAGCGUGACAAGGAAAUGGGAGUGGCCAUUGCUAGCUCGGAGAGUGAGGAGCAAGAGGAGGGGGAAGAAAAGGAGGAAGAUGAAGAUGUAGUGACAGAAGAGGAGAACGAUGGUGAAGAGGGGGUGACAGAAGAAGAUGAUGAGGAAGAGGCAGUGACUGAAGAGGAGGAUGAGGAGGGAGAAGGGUCUGUGGAUGAUGAGUCUGGGACAGAGAAAGGCGACGACUCUGACGAUGAGCGUGAGAGUUCCUUCAGUGACGGCGCCAGGGUGGAUGCCUCAUCUGACAGCGCCAGGCCGGAGGGGGUAAUCGUGACAGCUGUGAUUGCUCGGAAGGGUAAUGUCGCCAAAGCAAGCGAGGCAUGUGGCGUAACUUUGGAAACAAAGGUCAUCAAGGUGAUGGAGGUAACUGAAGCAACUGAGGUUAUUGUGAAGACUGAGGCGAAGGAUAAUGCAGCUCUGGUCUCCAAGGUAACUAAGCAAAUAGCUGUUAAUGUGGCGGUGAAGGUGACUAAAGUGAAAAAAGGCGAGGUGACUCAUGUUAUAGAAGUGAAUAAAGUAACCAAGGCACCAGGCGUAACCAUGGCUAAGCGAGUGACCAAGGUUACCGAGAUUACUGAAGCAAAGAUGAUGCCAGAAGUAACCGAGGAAACAGAGGUGACCGAGGUGGCAGAGGUAACCAAAGUAACUAGGCCAUCGGAGGAUGGCAAGACGGCCGAGGAGAGCAAUGCGGUGAUUGAUGUAAACACGGAAACCGAGGAAACGGAAGAAAUUGGGGUUGCCGUGGCAGCUGAAGAUGAAGAGGGUGCAGGAGGAGAGAGCGCUUUGAACGAAGAGGACAUGGAGGAGGAGGAGAAAGAGGAGGAGAGUGGAGGAGAGAUCCAGGGAUCUGCCAGCAAGAAACACGGUGCCGUGGGGGGGAGGGAGGUGGAGGCGGAGGCGAAGAAAGCGAGGGUGGAGGAGGAGGAGGGGGAGGGAGCAGAGGGACCGGCGGGGGGUGAAGAGGAGGAUGAGGAGGAGGCACCAGCAGAGCCGCCUGUACCAGCCAUCAUUGAAGACUCUCCGCCCCCUCCUGCUCCGUUCAAUCACCGCAUCGUGUCUCCCCGUUCCAUCACCGUGGGAACCUACUUCUCCCUCAGCCACUCGGACGUCCUGGGAGGAGGCCGCUUUGGCCGGGUGAUGAGGUGCCAGGAGAAGUCGUCAGGACUGACGCUGGCAGCCAAGGUCAUCCGCGUGAAGAGCCCCAAGGAGAAGGAGGAGGUAAAGAAUGAGAUCAACAUCAUGAACCAACUGAACCACGUCAACCUCGUGCAGCUCUUCGAUGCCUACGAGUCUCGCUCGGACAUCACCCUCAUCAUGGAGUAUGUGGAGGGCGGAGAGCUCUUCAACCGCAUCAUCGACCAGAGCGGGCUCUCCGAGCUCGACACCGUGCUGUUCGUGCGGCAGAUCUGCGAGGGAGUGCACUACAUGCACCAGCAGUAUAUCCUGCACCUCGACCUCAAGCCAGAAAACAUAUUGUGCUUGAGUAGGUGGGGCUACCAGAUUAAGAUAAUUGACUUUGGACUUGCACGCAGGUACAAGCCACGGGAGAAGCUGAAGGUCAGCUUUGGGACGUCUGAAUUCCUGGCACCUGAAGUCGUCAACUAUGAGUUUGUGUCUUUCCCGACCGACAUGUGGAGCGUGGGAGUCAUCACCUACAUGCUCCUCAGUGGCCUCUCUCCAUUCCUGGGUGACGAUGAGAGUGAGACACUGAACAACAUCGUUACCUCCAACUGGGAGUUUGAUGGGGAGGUGUUUAGCGAGGUGUCUGAAGACGCAAAGGACUUCAUUACAAACCUCCUCGUCAAGGGGAAGGGGUGGCGGCUGAGUGCCAAGGGGGCCUUGCAACACCAAUGGCUUCUGAAGAGCAACCUGCACAGCCGCCUCACCAAACAGCUGCAAGGGAAGAGGGGAUCUCUGACUCAGGCCACAUUGCCAGUGUUUCCCAGAAGCCUGACCCCUUAACACAACCGUCUGCCCAGCCAAAGAGUCGCGUGGAGGAUGGCCUGUGUGGCAUCACGCAAGCCUCGGAUUCACCGACACCCGAGGACUUGCAUUGAGACCCGGAAACGUGCAUAAAUUUACACGGACCCAUAGAUUGGCAUAUAGACCCAUAUAUAGAGACCCAUAAAACUUACAUAGAUAACCAUAGAUGGAUUGGUGGCAGAGUGAUUAGCUCACUGCACUAUGGACCUAGCAAUUUCAGUUCGAUUUACAGCUAUGGCUAACAUCAGUGGUAACAUAAUUUAAACACAUUAUUGAUGAAUUAAAAUUACAAUAUAUAAGAGGGAUGAAAAUCUGAUAUUACCGAUAUUAAAAAGACAUAGACAUACAGAGAUACCGAUAGACUUCAUGGAUAUCCAAAGACUCAGAAGAAACCUGUAGACUGGCGAGACCUCAUAGACUUACACAGAGACCCAUGGGCCUGCCUUCACAUCUCUUCAGCAUCUAAUGGCUGGGUCAGAAUGUUUUUUUGUAAUGUAAAACAAAUGCAAUAUAAUUCCAUGUGAGAGGAGCAAGGCGGUACAGCCAGUAGGCUGUCGAUGAUUUGCGUGUGUUUGAAUGUUGUACACCGGUGACAGCAAAGUGCCGUAAGGGUCAGGAUCCCCGUACGUCACCAUUGCCGUUACAUCCCUGGACAGCCUUGGUCAAAGUGGCCUUCAAGCCCUCUCAACUCGAACCACUUGCGGUGUGCGGUGACCGCACAUGAGGCGCGGUGGUGGUGACUGCGCGCACAACGCGGUGUUGGUGACUGCACACUCCCCUGUUCACGAGAACACGUCCGCAAGCAUUGCCGUGUUCAAGGCGAAUCGUAAGAUGUGUGGGUUGCGACUGCUGGCUCGUUAAGACCGGUUUCGUGUUAUUUUCCGUAUCUGCACCAUUGAACCAUAGUUCGCCGUCGUGUAACAAUGGCAGCUCAGCGGUCGAGCGAGCGGCUCGGGUCAGAAGGUUGCGAGUUCAAAAUGUUUGGGCUGUGACCAUCUAGUCCAGUGUUCUUCACUAGUUUUCAGAGGGGGGGGAGCACUUUUGCCAAUAAGACAUCAUCAGUAAGAGGGCCGCCACACAUUUGAAACCAUUGGGGGUUUUCCAGCAGCACGAUGAUGGGGGGUGUUGUCACGUGUUGUGUCUUGUUAGGGGCCGCACUAAAGGCCACCAGGGACCGCCAGUGACCCACGGGCCUUGCAAUGAAGAACACUGGUCUAGCCCCUUCAUUGGAAACCCAGUGUCUUGCUCUGCUUACUUAGCAAAUUGUGAUUUGUUGUCAUUGCAGCCAUGAUAUGUGUUUCAUUCAUUGUAUGUGCCAAUGUGUUGCUGUGAUUGUGUUGUGAUUGUGUUUAUGCAUGAAAUGUGAUUGGGCAGGGAGCCGAACUACAAACACCGCGUUUUGUGUUUGUCAAUAAUAAUACUGAUGAUGACGAUGUCCUUGGCUCAUCCAGGAACGACUUGUAUUGUACUUGAAUAGGCUCCAUGGCUGACACCAUGGGGAGGGCUUCAUGCAGCAGUGGAUUGAAAUAGCAGUAGACUGUACUGUUAUUCAAGUAGUCUU